AUGUGCCUAUUCAUAUCUAUCUAUCUAUCUGUGCCUGUUCAUAUCUAUCUACAUGUACCUGUUCAUAUCUAUCUAUCUAUCUAUCUAUCUAUCUAUCUAUCUAUCUAUCUAUCUAUCUAUGCCUGUUUCUAUUUGCCUCAAACAUGCUAUUUCUGUCUGUUCAUAUCUAUCUAUCUAUGCUUGUUCAUAUCUAUCUAUCUAUCUAUACUUGUUCAUAUCUAUUUAUCUAUCUAUCUAUGCUUGUUCGUAUCUAUCUAUGCCUGUGCCCACCGUUCAUAUCUGUGUAUGUCUGCUCAUAUCUAUCUAUCUGUACCUGUUCAUAUCUCUAUCUCUCUAUGUCUGUUCAUAUCUAUCUAUCUUCUCGGGCGUUAUAUAACGAACUGCAGUGAGUUACAAAUAAACGUCACUUCCUGCGAAGUCGUCAACAACGGAGUGAACGCCACCAUCGUGCAGAAUGGAGUGAGAAAUGUAACUACCAACUUAGAAAGAUGUCACCAUCUUUUUGCCAGUGCCAACCUGAGUGAUGCGAUUAUCGGCGUCAUUCUCUUGGUCUGUUCGCUUUUUAUGCUUUGCGUCUGUCUAAUCUGCAUCGUCAAAAUUCUUCACACUGUCAUGAAAGGCAGCACGGCCAAAAUGAUUAAGAAAAUGGUCAACGCUUCCUUUCCGAAACCAUUUGGCUUUCUCACUGGUUACCUCGCCAUUCUGGUUGGCACGGCACUGACUUUCCUCGUUCAGAGCAGCUCCAUUUUCACGUCGACCCUCACCCCUCUGGUCGGCAUCGGCGUGAUCACUUUAGAGCGAAUGUAUCCGUUAACUCUCGGAGCAAACAUUGGAACCACUGCUACAGCUAUUAUGGCGGCAAUGACGGCCUCCGGGCAUAGUCUGUCCCCGGCACUGCAAGUCGCCUUCUGUCAUUUAUUCUUCAAUAUUACAGGAAUUGUGAUUUGGUACCCGAUUCCUGUGUUACGACGCGUACCACUAAAUUUAUGCAAAUCAUUAGGUAACACAACAGCCAAAUAUCGAUGGUUCGCCUUAGUUUACUUGUUUGGGAUGUUCCUUCUUCUUCCGGCAUUGACGUUUGGUGUCUCUUUAGGAGGUUGGCCAGCUUGGGUUGGUGUCUUUGGCCCAAUUGUACUCUUGAUUCUCUUUGCGAUUGUUGUCAAUAUCCUGCAGAGGAAAUGUCCUCGGGUUUUGCCGAAACGAAUGCAAACUUGGGACUUUUUGCCGUUAUGGAUGCACUCUCUGAAGCCGUACGACAAGCCAAUGAUCUCAUUGAGUAAUGCAUUUGGAAAAUGUAAACAGAAGGUCUGCUGUUCGGGCAAGAAACCAAAGAUGAGCGAAUUAAAGGCAGAAACCAAUCUUGCCAUGUCAAAAUCGACGGAGACUCUUUGA